AUGGCAAAGCGCCUGGAGCACAAGCAGUUCGCGCUGAAGUACUUCGCAAAUGUGACCUACGGCUACUCGUCCGCUUCCUUUAGCGGCCGCAUGCCGUGCUCAGAGAUUGCCGAUUCCAUAGUGGCCACAGGGCGGCGCGCUUUGGAAGAGGCAGCAAACUUCAUCGAGGCGACGUGGCCGGGCGCCAAGGUCAUCUACGGUGACACAGAUUCGGUUUUCGUCCAGCUCAGGGGGUACUCCCUCGAGGAGGCUUUCAAAGCUGGCAGGGACAUUUGCUCCCAGGUCUCGGCGAAGCAUCCUCAGCCGGUGGAGCUGGAAUUUGAGAAGGUGUACAUGCCAUGCCUGUGCCUAACGAAGAAGCGCUACGGUGGCAUGGCAUAU